AUUUGUGGAAAUACUAAAAACAAUUUAUGUAAAAUUACUGCAUUGCUUUACUUAUUUUUAAAUCAUAAUUUUUCAAUAGAUACAACGUUACAGUAGUUUAGUUGACUUAACCUAGAAAACUUGUUACACUUGUUGAACAUGUGUUUUAAGUGAAAUUAAUUAAAAUGGAACCACCAAAGGAAGUGUUUGAAAGACUCAUAACAAAUAAAGUCUUGGACAGUUUAAUUCAGGACACGACUUGCCUUAGAACUUUGAAAUUUCUUCUACAAGUCAAAGAGGAGAGGGUUUUGGGGGGCCAGUGUGAGAAAAUUACCUUUUGUUUGAGCUCUCUUUACGACUGUGAAGUAGAUGUAGGUUUGGGAAGACAGAUUUUAAAAAGUGCUUUAUACGUUAUGGCUGAUAAUACCGCUCUUUUGUCUCAAACUCAGUCAUUUUGCUUAAGUAAAUUACAGUCAAGUCAAACAGUUGAUGAACUUUAUUAUUGUUGCAAUUUAUUAAAUGUACUUUUUGAUUAUUAUAAUAACGAAAAACUGACACUUUCAAAAUGGACAAGUGGUCAGUUUUCAACUGGGAUUUUAAAUCCUUUGAUUAUUUCAUCGAAACCUUUAUUCACUUUUGUUACUGUUUAUUUAUUACCAAACUACUUUACUGUAUGCAAUCAGAAUGAUAAAGGUUUAUUUUUAGAAAAUCUAUUUAAAUUUAUCAGGAAUAAUAAAAAAUUAGAGCUUUUGUGUGUCUUGUGGCCCUAUUUCGCGCCAUCUGAUUUAAAUGAAGAUAAUUUCAAUGUAUUAAAACUUGAUGAUUUUUGGAAACUUAUAAUAGAGUGCUUAUCAAGUCAAGCAUUUCAAAAACAAGCAAUUUACUUGUUAUCCAAAAGCACUGAAAUUGCUUUCAAACUCAGAAAUGUUCCCAAUUAUCUUAAAGUGGAAAAUAGCACCGAAAAUGAAAAGAUUUGGCGAAAUUAUUUCACUCUUCUAGACGUUUCAAAUGAAAAACAGUUACAUUUUAUCGAACCUUCUUUACACAUGUUGGGGUCCAUCAAACCUCUACACAUUGCAUGGAGAUUAUGCUUGUAUAAAAUUCUUUUACAUCACUCACAAAUUACUGUUGUUUACAGUAUUGUUAAUUUUAUUCUAGAAAAUGAAAAUGCUUGGCAAGAUUUUUCAAAAAUUUUAGAAAACUUACUCUUUGCUUUGAAUAAACACGAAUAUAAUGAACAGUCUAAAAGCAUUUUUCGAAAAAUCGGUGUUUGUUGUUCUGAAUUUAACGAAAUUCAGUUUGAAUGUUUCUUGGGUGAGUGUUUGAAGGUGUCUUGGACCCCUUCAGCGCUUUGGGGUUUAUUUAGUAAUGUUUUCAAUGACGAAAUACGUUUCCAAAUUUCGUUUGAAUUAUUUUCUAAUGUAAUUAAAAAAAUUAGAAUGCUUCCACACAAAUUUAUCAGGGAAUCGUGUACACGAAUUGUUUUGACUAAAAAUCAUACUCUAGAGUCAAUGGAGGAUGUUUUAAAAAUUUCAGCCUUACUUUGGGAUUUUAACGAAUUUUUAUUUCAGUCUUUUAUCAUAAAUUAUGCUCAAGAGACUGAUUUUAAGAAUAAACUUUGUGAAAAAUUUCAAACUUCCGUCAAGAACUCCAAUGAAAAAGAAGUUGAAAUUGAAGUAAAAAUUUUCCAUAUUUUAGAAAUUGAAGUUCCAUCAGUGCUCCUAUUAAAACCAUUUACUCAACAAACUGAUUUGAUUUUUGAUUUCUUCGCCGAAAAUGUUGAAACGAUCGAGUUAGAGAAGUAUGUGUUGAGUAGGAUUGAAUCUGUGCUUGAAACUGAAGACAUCUCCGCUUUGUUAAAAAUUAUUUUAAAAAUUUCAACACCAACAUUGUGUCAAAAAGCCGAGAUUAUUUUAUCGGAGCAACAGUAUAACACGAGUCAAAAAAUAAUAGCGUUUGGAAUACUUCACAAGAAACAAAAUUGCGAUUCAAUAAUCACUUUUUGUAAAAAUGUUGGUAACGACAGUGAGCCACUUACAGUAUUUUUUGUGAAAAUUUUACUCAAUUCUUUGAAUAAAAAUCCUCCAAGUAAAAUUAACGAGUGUGUUAAUUUUUUCAAAAAUAUUUUAGAUAAGCAAAGUAGCGCAACAAUUACAAUACUUGAAAACAUAUCGAUCAUUUUGAAAUUUCUACACCACGAAAUUGUGUUUGAUUUUUUUACACAAUGUUUGAACGAGUUUUUAAAUUUAUACAAAAGCGGUAGUUUCAAAACCACAGCAAACGUGUUUAUGGAACAAAUCUUUGCAAAACAGUUUUUUGAACAUGAGAAAUUUUGUACCAAAAUUCUCGAGUUUGUCCAAAGAUUGUUACCAAUUUCAAACUCAGUUACUUAUUUACUUGCAAAAUUAAUUCGAUCCGUAUGCCAACAAAGCCCCCACAAGAGCUUAAUUUUUGUUCCUGUGAUUGUUGAAUUGAUUUUACACGGAAUUGUGAUUAGUAAAAAUGAAAGGGUUGAAUAUAGUGUGUGUCAAGAGAUUUACUCAAAGUUGGGAAAAAAUCAGAACAAUCCAAAUUUUGAAGAAAUGUCCAUACGGUUAAUUGCUUUAGACACAAUGCUAGAUUUAGUUAAUAAUUUAAAGACUGAAAUCGUGGUUAAUCAAUUCGUUUCAAUAUUGAUAGAAAAAUAUAAGGAAUAUUUCACAAAACGGUAUUUCCCAGAUUCACAGAUCCAUUUCCAAAAACUAAGAAUAAUGCAAACUUUGUUAUUGUUACACAAGCACAUAAAAGACGAAAAAACACCUUUGAUCAAUCUUUUAAUUGAAAGUUUUUUGCUGGAAAGUCAUCAACCAUCGGUAAAACAUUUAAUGCAGUGGCUUUUAAUAUGUUUACUGAAAACCGACAGUGACUUUUUUAUUCAAACAAUUAACGACAAAUUAAAAUCAAUCAAUAGUAAUCGCCCAUCAACGAUUUCUGGCUUCAUCCCAAUACUUUACAACAUAGUAACCCUCCAAAAUGAAGCACACUGGGAGCAAGUAGUCGAGAUGCUUUUACCUUACACUAUGGGACCACAGUUUAAACUCCGAUUUUUUUCUCAGGUAGCAUUAAUAAAACUGUACGAAAAAGCGAAAGACAAAAGGCUUGACAAUUUCACCGAAAAAUAUCAAAUCCUUUACAAUUCCCUCAAACAAGUGCUUGCAGCUACAAGUAAUGUUGAUGCUGACAUCAUAAAACAUGAAUUUCUCGAUUAUAUUAAUCUGGAACAGUGUGACUGUUCAACGAUAUUUUAUUUGAUUCCGAGAAAAAACGGAGUUCUUGCCACUGAAUGGGAAAAUUUGAACACUGUUUCAGUACAAUUCAAAUUUCUCUCUUUCAAUCAUUCUGAACAUGUUCCAAAAACUUAUUACACGGUAACAAAUCAAGCAAUAGGUAGUGACAAUAUUCAAAAGAAGAUUACGCCAUGGAGAGAUCUUUUAGACAAUAAAAAUCAGCCUCAAGAAAAUAAUUUUAUACUGGUGACAACACUAAUUGAGAAAUCAACUAAUUUGGGCGGUUUAUCACGAACUUGUGAGGUUUUUGGCGUCAAACAAAUAGUAAUGAGGACAGCUAAAGUCGUCUCGGAUAAAGAAUUCAAAAGUUUGAGUAUGUCCUCAGAAAAUUCGGUCGAUAUUUUGGAAGUGAAGGUAGAAGAUUUGAAAAACUAUAUUCUCGAGAUGAAGAAACAAGGAUAUAGUGUAGUUGGUGCUGAACAAACUUCGGAAAGUGUCAAACUGGAUGUGUUUAGAUUUGCCAAUAUGACACUUCUUGUUUUAGGAAAUGAAAAAGAGGGGAUACCGCCGUAUUUAAUUCCACUCCUUGACCACUGUAUCGAAAUUCCGCAAUUCGGACUGGUCCGCUCAUUAAAUGUUCACGUUGCUGGUGCUAUAGUCAUUUGGGAGUAUUGUAAACAACAAAAGUUGUAACAAUCGUAUAUUUUCAUUAAAUAUUUAAUGAGACCUAGCGAUAUCGGAGAAGAAAUGUAAAAUAUCCUCGAUUGUGAAUUCUAAACUUAUCAUUGACCCAGGAUAACACUGUUGGAUCAAAUCUUCGAGCAUUUUGUAUUGUCGGAUGAACUCCUCUUGCAUUGCCCUCCAAACGACUUGUAGAAGAUUUCCCUCUUCCGAUAAGUGCUUCUCGACUUUUUUAUAAAGUGCUUCAAGUCCCUUUUUCACCUACAAAUUUUGUUUUAAAACCAGACACUUGAAAAAAAAAAACUCACAAUGCUUCCGGGAUACUGAUUUAUAACUUUGCGUAACUCUUGUUUACUAAACGCUAACUGAUAACUCACUUCCGACGCUUUUACUCCACUCGCAACCCUUGCUUGCACACCCUCAAAGAAUGUCUGAAAUCAGAGUUAUAACAACCAUUUUUUUUAACUAUUUUCUUACAUUUAAUUUUUCAAGAGGUCGUCCAAAAUAUAAAGUGACGUAGGCUUGCAAAGCGUCGUUGUAUUUCUGCUUUGCUUCCUUUCUCUGUGCGUCUAACACAGAUAUCUUCAGUUGAGAUAAAAGUGAGUAUAAGUGGUGAUAAUUUUCUGCAAUAAUUUAUUAAUUGUUGUUAAGAUUGAACAGAGUUUGUUACCCAUUUUUAUGACUUGUGGCGGCGUUUUAUGAUGCUCGUUCGAGUGAAUAGCGAUGUAUUCCAGAAUUGUGUCCACUAGUCUAGUAUACCAUUUUUCUAAAUCGGCCCUUCGGUCACUUUUUAAUAAACAAUCAGCGUUUAUCGCAAACUCUUCGAUGUUUGAAACGUAGGGUAAAAUCCCACAUUUUGAUUUUCGUGCAACUCGACAUUCUUUAACCGAAUCAAUCUGCAUCUGCAUGAACUGAUCUAAGGACCGUUUCACUUCAAUAAGUUCGGAAGCGAAAGUGUUACUUAAAAAUGAGCUUUGGGCCGACAUAACGUGUUGAUUCAAGCACACCAAAACGUACAUACAAUAACUAGAGCAAUUAAUCAAAAAAAAUCUACCAACUUUUUUUCACUUACAAAUUAUCUUGUCGUUUUAUGUGAUCGAUUAAACUGUCCAAUUCGCUCUUAAGACACGAAAAUAAACUACUCAUCAUAUUUCGAACAUCUUCAUUGAUUUGUUUCUCGGCUUUUCGCGGCGAGACACUUUCAGUUUCUGGUCCUGGACCAUCCAGUGUUGUUAAAGUG